UUUUGACAGUGUCUGGUGAUUCAUCUCAUAUAUUUGAUUUAUCAUGUAGUUAUUUCUAUUAUGUGCAGCAUUGAGUCUGUUUUUUCCAGACAGAAGAGGCUUGGAAGAAGAGAACACUUAGUCUUAAUAAUGAAGCAGUGUCUCUGCUGAGAUAGACUUUUAAGUAAAUGUGUAUUUUCUCUUUAAGAAUGAUUCUUUAUUGAAUAAAACGAGCACUGGAUGAUUCUCUGGCAUUAUUUCCUCAAAUCAAUAAUCGAUAAACAUGUUGGGAUCAGCUGCAGAUGAUGUGGAUCCAACUCCUCCUGUGUAAAGCCUGUCUCUUUAACUGAGGUAUUCUCAGGACGGGGAGGGAGGGGGGACUGGGUUCAUCGGGUUCAUGUAGUAUUGGACGCCUCCUCCCAUUUCAGGUUGGCUGCUUCCCUGGCUCCUCGGCGCACGGGGCGGCUGUAAGGCUCAUAGGUGAUGGAGGACGGCGGUGAAGUUUGCGGAGGAAACGACUGAAUAGUGGAGCUUGACCUUUAUUUGGGACGCAGAGGCUCGAUCAGCUGAUGAACAGAACUAGCUGCCAUUUUCAGGUCAUUCGAGGCGUCGGGCUGAGCUGAGCGGCUCCUGCCGGGUGCAUGAAUAAACCCGCUUCAUUCGUCUGAGAGUCGCCCACUGGGAUGGGGGAUCGCUUUGUCCUGGUCUGUCUGCUGGAGGAACAUAAACCAUGAUGGCUGAUGGAUGUUGCAGAGGGAUGGACAGAGGCAGGGGGAAGAUUGCAUCAGACUCUCUACCGAGACCCACAUAUCCCCAGCAGUACGUCCAGAGCGGGUCGCAGCAGCAGCAGCAACAGCAGCAGCAGCAGCAGCAGCAGCAGCAGGGCAAUGACAUCCAGGAGUUAGCUUCCAAACGCGUCGACAUCCAGAAGAAACGCUUCUACCUGGACGUGAAGCAGAGCGUCCGCGGACGCUUCCUCAAAAUCGCCGAGGUGUGGAUCGGGAGAGGCCGCCACGACAACAUCAGGAAGAGCAAGCUGACGCUGUCCAUGUCCAUGGCCCCCGCGCUUCGCUACUGCCUGGGAGACUUUAUAGAUUAUUACGCCCGGAUCGGGCUGCGGGGGGGCCUCGCGCCGCCGCAGCUCGAGGAGCACAGCAACAACGGCCAGGGCCGCGCGCACGAGUCCCGCAGGAGAGCGCAGGAGCAGCACGCGGCGCUGUCUCCCACCGGAUCCGCGGUGUCCGACGACCAUGCCCACCGCGUCCUCAAGAGCGAGUUCAUCGAGAGGGACAACAGAAAGUACUUCCUGGACCUGAAGGAGAACCAGAGAGGCCGGUUCCUCCGCAUCCGGCAGACUGUCAGUAAAGGACACGGCACCAUGGGCUACUACGGCCAGGGUAUCGAGCAGACCAUCGUGCUGCCUGCGCAGGGGCUCAUCGAGUUCAGAGACGCGCUGUCGCAGCUCAUCGAAGACUACGGCGACGAGGACAGCGACGACCGCGGCCGAGCCGGGUCUAGGAACCACGACGACAGCCCCGAGCUGCCGGAGGCCGCGUCCUUUCGCGUGGACAACAAGAGGUUUUACUUCGACGUCGGCUCCAACCGGUACGGUAUCUUUUUAAAAAUCAGCGAGGUGCGGCAGCCGUACAGAAACACCAUCACGGUCCCGCUCAAAGCCUGGGCCCGGUUCGGAGAGAACUUCAUCCGGUACGAGGAGGAGAUGCGACGGAUUUUCUCGUGUCACAAAGAGAAGAGGACAGACGGCCGUCAGGACAGCGAGGAGCAGGACUGACCUUCACAGGAGGCGGUCUGUGAUGGUCCCGGGGUCCGUGUCCUACCUUGACUUUGUGGCUCAUCUGCCAAGGGCUGGUAACGACUCAUCAACCUGCCAAGAAGUCAUUCACUCAUUAGCCUGAUGCUACAUCAUGUCUCAGUGCUGGGUCCUGCACUUUAGCCACUUAGCCCCCCCCCCCCCCUCUUUAAUUAUAACAGUGCACUGUCACACAGGUGUCAUACAGGUGACACAUGGUGAAGCCACUUUAACAUGUGUUGGUUAACAGCACUAACACAUGAAGUUUAUGAAUCUGAGCUCAGAGUAGUUCAGUUUUUAUCUAAAGUACAAAUGAAGAAAUUAUUCUAAGAAGAAAAUAAAAGUUUAGUGAUGAUAUUUAUAUUUAAAUUCAAAGUAGGAGUGAGGAAUUAGCUUGUUUGGGGCCCCCUGCUGGCCCCUGAGCUUGAAGCAGGAACUGAGAGCAACACACAUUAGCUGCAUCAGCUGAGGCUGCAGCACACACUGCACCGCCUGCAGAGGAAGAGGAAGGAGUGAAGGUGCAGCCUGCUGCUGUACCGAGGGUGCAGGGGGUCAGUGGAGAGACAGGCUCAGUGCUGCUGUGUGUUGCCCCUCAGUCUGUGGCUACACUGGAAAUCCAUUAUUCAUCAUAACAAGUACAAUUUAAUUAACAUUGCUACAUUUCACACACACACACACACACACACACACACACACACACUCACACACUCACACACAUAGGUCAUAUUGUGUAAAAUGAACUGACGCUUCCUGGUUGGUGAGCUGAGCAGGUAAAACACCUGCAUUGUGUGAAAUGUAGCAAUGUGCUGAUUAGAUGCUAACCUGGUGUAAAAGGUGUAGUGCUGCAGAGUCCAGCCUCAGAGGAGAACCAGGACCCAGAGUGCUGCUGUGUGGUGUUUCUGGUUCUGGAUCAGGCUCAGACUGGACUUGGUACAUUUCACCGGUCAUCACCUGUGGCAGACACCAACACAGCCCUGCCCCCGUCAGUCUGACAUAACUCACCAAACAGUUUACAAAGAUUAACAAAGAGACAAACAUGAAUCAGAAAUAUUUAGUGUUUAGUGCAAUUUAUCCUCUAACACAGGCACUUAGUCCACACACACACACACACACACACACACACACACACACACACACACACACGCACACAAACACACACAUACACUUGUUUGAUGCCUCAAACACUUGAAAAAGAAUUGAUCUUAUAUGAAAUCUUCCCUGAGAACAGACAGUGGCUGCUGCCACUCAUCUCGUCGUUACUAUAGUUACCUGUGUUUGUGUACUUGCAUUAUUUACACUAACUGAAGGAAAAGUAUUGAACCUGCUACAGCUCCACAGCCUCACAGCUGCAGCUGCACUCGUUCUCCUUCAGUCUCUGGUCUGAUGUGGACUCAGAGGUGUUUGGCUGAGUUCAUCAUCAUGAGAGAGAACAGACCUGAACCACCAGGAGGGAUCAGAUCCCAGUGUGGACAGCAUCUGCUCUCUCCCAUGAGUCUCAGACAGAACUGAAACAUCCAUCAUAGAUCAGACAUCAGGCAAAGAGCAGCUGUGAGGGAUACCUGCAGGACUAGACCUGUGGUACCAGACCUGUAGUACCCAGACUUGUGGUACCAGACCUGUUGUGACCACUCAGAAUAAAAAAGAUUGUGUGAGGAGCCACAGAGAUUCUUCUCCUCAGAUUCAUUUAUACUAUUUGAAGAAUUUUUGUGACAUGAGAAAAAAUUCAGUAAAAAACAGAGAUUAGAUCAAAGUCUGACAGAAUGUUUCAGAAAUAUAUUUCUUCUGCUUCUUUCUCCUCUCAAUCAUCUCCUGACCCCUGAGAUUUAACUCACGACCCCCUGGGUCCCUGACCCUCAGACUGGGACCCUUCAGUGCAGGUUGUGUAGUGAUGCCUUUAAAACUCUCGUAGAUACUUGAAACAUUGAGAAUGAUAUUUCUAUUUGACUUCAGGCCCCUCAGACCUUCACUCACUGACAGUAUCUGAACUCGUCUCCGUCACCUGCUGCUCAGAGAGUGAAGUGAUGUGAGUCAGUGGAGCUGUGGACAUGUGUUGACUCAGUCACAUGAACAGGUGAAGGUAGAGGCUGGUUACCUUGAUGUCAGUGAACACCUCGUCGGUGCUCCGGGUGGAUGAAUGAGUGGUCGACAUGAAAACGUGUCUGUGCCAGUGUGCUGUGUCCUUCACCUUCCUCUGAUGAUGAGGAGGAGGUGACGUGUCAGCGUGUUGAUGUCCUGUGUUGUUAUUGGCUGCAGGUCCAUAAACAUUCAUGAGGUGCAGCGUCUGCAUCACAGCUGGAUGUGAGUCUGAGCUCUGAGCUGUGUGACCUGCAUCCAGUCAGAGCUGCUCGCUGAAGACAGAGCUCAGCUCAGAUACUGAUCUGCUGAUGGUACGAUCCAGAGCUCAGGACCUCCCUCUGAUGGAAAAAAGAAAUGGACACAGCACAUCAAGAAGUUUAAUUCAAUAAAAUAAAAAAAUAAAAAAAGAUGAAUUAUUAAACAUAAUUAAAAUUCAGUUUUCAAAGACAUUUAAAAUCACAGCACUGUGCAGAAGUUUUAGGAGUUGGGGGUUUUAAUUAUUUCUCAGUGAACUUCAUCCAGAUUAAAGAGAAGAAAUCUCAGGCUACGUCCACACUGAUACGUGCUACUUUGAAAACUCCAGGAUGUGUUCUAGUCUGGACGAGCUGAAACUGAUGACACAUGACUUGUGUCUCGCCUUCUGAUUGGCUCUCAUCAGCCUCAACUAACAGUUGUGAAUACAACAUGAUAAUGAAUUACAAGUGUUACUGAUCUUCUUGUUUUUGCUAGCAGCUGUUCAGUUAAAUUCUGUAUUUUAAUGCUACAUCUGUCUUAACUUCUUCUGCAGAGAAGAUAAUCUACUUCCUGUUUACACCGGCUCACACAUGCCCAGUGGACGUCAAUGGUCACGUCAUAUGUGUUUUCAGGUGUGUUAGUGUGGACAGAGAUCGUUUUAGUUUUAAAAUGGAAACGUAUCAGUGUGGAUGCAGACUAAAUCAGACCAGUAUUUGCUGCGACCUUCCUUUGGCUUUUAACCAGCACCACUUCUUCUCAGUACAUCUGCUCACAGUUCUGCAUGGUACUUUAUGACUGGUUGUAUUUGGACUCGUCCUGAUGCUAGGUGACUCUUCGACCAAUCAGAUUCCUCCUGGUGAUGAUGAUGAUGAUGAUGAUGAUGAUGAAGAGUCUCUAUAACGUUUGCACAGUGCUGUUUAUUUUCCAACAUUGGCAGUAAAAUGUCUAGUCAAAGAUCCUGUCGUGAUCUUUCAUACAUGGUAUCUGCUACGUACAGGUACGUCUUACAGACUGGGCUCUGAUUGGCUGGCCGGUGUCCAGAGAUGGUUCAGUUUGAAGACAGAUGAAAACAGCUUCUACCAUCCUGUUACAUCUGACACACAAAAUACAACCUUCUUAUUUUGUGUUGUGUUUAUUGUGCGACUCACAGUAUCAUUGGAUGAUAUGAAACUGCACGAGGUUCAUACUGAGCUGUGAUUAAAUGAUCGAAUUAUCUAAUAAUGCAACAGAUAAAUGUAAUCAUCUUUCAAAUGUGGAUACAAGCAUCAAAUUUGGUAUGAUUAUUCCUACGGGGCCAUUAAUUUGAAAAAUCCCAGUAGCCACUUCAGAAACAUAUAUUUUACCACAGAAUUUUACCCACUGGAUAAAAUAAUUUUGUAAUGUCAUCAUAUGUUUUAGACUAUGAGGAUGUCAAAUUCUCAACUCUUACAUUUCCUCAGAGCCUUAUUUGUGCAAUUUUCUAAUGUGUAAUGUGAAAAAUUUUUAUUCAUUAAUUUAUAUCAUUUAUUAUGAACAAUGAACCAAAAGUUCUGUAGGUUAAUAGUCUCCUUGUUUACUUGUCUUAACAUUAGCUCACUAGGCUUAGUCAGUAGCGCUAGGCUAGUUAGCGAGCAUUUUUGUGAGUAAUUUUUUUUUGUGAGUAAUAUUUUGUCAAUUUUUUAUUACAAUGUACUAAAUUUCACCAUCUACAUUGUUAAAAUGUUUGAAUUGACACAUAGAUUAUUCAUAUGAGAAAAUAGUGGAUGAACUUAUUGCAAAACAUUUCCUUGCCAGAAAUGGCGGCCAGCUACAAUUUUUGAGUGGCUAACAUGUUUUAUCAAAGGAGUGAUACUGAAGGAGGAUUUUAGUUUAGUAUUUGUAUCCACAUUUCAAAGAUUUCGCUGAGAGAUGCAGUUAUCUGCUGAGCUAAAAGAGCAGAGUCAAAACUAAGCUCAGUAUUGUCCUCUGAGCAGCUGAAGGUGUCUGAGUCCAACUCUGUAUCUCAGUGAAGUGAUGCUGUCAGCUCUGACUUCAGUGUCAUGUUCACUGUGAUGACACAAUGUCUCAUUUUGCAUCUUAUUAUUUGGAGGAAAUAAUUCAGAGGAUGUUGAGAAGACUCAACAGGGAAGAGGUUUGGACAGGUGGCAGCCACUCGUGAUGCGUUCAGGCGCAUGAGAAGCACAGGACUGGCUGUGUUUGGUGUGUUGUUGAACUGUGAUGGUUCAGUGAGUCGUUUUAUUUUCAUAUAAAUGAUUAAAGUUCUAUAAAUCAUCGUAGGAAGUAUUGAAAGCACAAAUAAUUUAGAAUUAGAAUAUAUAUGAAAAUCUUUACACUGAUCUGAUUCAGCUCCAGAGUCUCAGACAUGAAGAUGAAGACCUGGUUUUAGUCUGAAGGUUUAACGGUCUUUUGUCCCUUCAGUUCCAAAUAUGACCCCAAAAGCACUUUAAAGAAAAGCUGCACUUUGUUCUGCUGCUUCGUGAUCAGCUGAUUAGAGGGAGCGUCUGUCCAGGCCUUUGGUGUGAAGAGACAAUCAUGGAUCCCUGCUUAGAGAAUCUGAGGAGCUGAACCUAGACCAGCUCCUGGUCUGAGUCUGUCUCACUGAGAGGACAGUUCAGCUCUGUGUGUGUGUGUGUAUUGAUGUAAACUGAGACUCUUAAGUCUCACUGACCUCUGUGAGAUGAGCCCAGCGUAGACUGAAGUUGUCAGUGUUCAGACCAGGUCCUGUUGGGGGACAGGACCUGGUCUGAACACUGAACACUGACAGCUUCACAGAUUCCAUGAGACCAGUGAUGAGUUCAGGAUGAAGAUGAUCUUGGCUCCACAACCUUUCUUCUUCUUUUCUUCUUCUUCUUCUUCUUCUUCCCUUCUUCUUCCCUUCUUCUCCUUCUGUCCUGCUCCUGUCUUCUCUGUGGAGUCAGUGGUGGAUCCUUAUUAAAAAGCUGAGCAAGAUUUUAAUUAUUUGUACAGAAUCAGUGACCCUGAUUUAAAAAUAUAACAAAUUAACCUUCACUUUCAUUCCUCCAACACACACACACACACACACACACAUAUGUGUGUGUUUGCGUGUGUGUGUGUGUAUAUACAGUUGGUGUCAAACACACGACUGACAGAAUCUUUUAAAUUCAUGUAGAAAACAAACAUAAAAACUCUGAAACAGCUGAGAGCUGUUUUUUUUUACAGACUGUUGAAGUGAAGCGAAGAAACCAGGAAGUGAUGCUUCCUCAGCUCUAUGUGACAUCAUCAACUUUACUGAAUGAAACGUGGUAGAAUCCAGAUGUUUUCUGGAGCGUCCAGUCUCACACAGAGAACCCUUCCUGCUUCUAAGUUGACCUUCUGUUCUGUUCUGUGUUCACACAGUUUCUCUGUGUGCUCACUUUCACCUUCAUCUCCACAUGAAGUGGUUUUUAAAGUUGAUAUCUGGAUAAUAAUUAUUUGUGCCAAAUUAUAGACUUAUCAACAGGAAAUAUUCUCGGUAAAUUAUUCAGAAACAAUGGAGCCAUUACUGAUUAUUUUCAUGGCUCCAGAUCCACCAGAUGAGUCAGACAGCUGGUGGUGAAUGUGGGCUGGUGGAGGUCAGGCUGCCUCACUGACAGAGAACAGCAGCUGUGGUCAGGUUCAGGCUCAAAACGGAGCUGAACUUCAUUAUUUUCUCUGUCACUUUCAAGAAUCCUGACUCAAGGUUCACUGCCCAACUCUUUCUGGAGCUUUCAACCACAUCCCACAGUCUUCUGUUGACCGGUCCUCCAUCUGUUGAGGAAGACCGUGAUAUGAAGUUUAAAUGACCUUUCACCUGCAUCUCACGGUUGACUCAGUGAGACGCAGUUUAAAGCUGUGGAAAAAGCUAACACGUGGUUGACAGUUAACAUUUUAGUUUUUUUAUUUCCCCUGUCCGUCUGUUCACUCUGAGGUUUUAGAUAACAUCAUGUCAGAGGUGUAGCUGAGAGCUGGUGUCAGGGCGUCAGAAUCACAGUAUGAAAGCACAACCAGAAGCAGUGUAUUCCCGCCACAGUCUGACCACAGCUGCUGGAAAGAGGUUGUUGUGAUAAACGUACAAACUGACGGUCUGCUCCUUUAAGUCUGGUACCAGCCGAUAGGAAGCUACAGGAGGAAGCGGCAGGAGGAGGGCUACAGGAUGUUGGACUCUGAUGAACAACGUGAUGAACUAUUAACAAAGAUCUAAUGUUUCCAACCCUGACGCCUUAAAGCGCCUCCACAGCGACAGUGGAGGUGCCUGUUGAUGCUUAUUUUGACUCAUGUGCUUUAUAUUAUCAGAUAGAAACGAUUCAAAAAGAAAAGUCCACCAGUGGAAACAGAGAACAGUCAGUCAGAUCUCCGGCAGAGAGGUGUGGCUCACCUGGACAAAGUGUACGUGUGUGUCUGUGCUUGUGCAGGUAGAGUGAUGUGAGUGUGUGCAUCCUGAAGAAGACGUCUGUUUGCUGUUUCGUUGCUCUUCUGUUCAGCAUCAGAGUUUCAGAGUGGGAAAUGUACAUGUGUGGUCAAACCAUUUAAAAUGAACUGAAGUGAAUAAUGACAAUGUGAACAGGUGUAUAUUUAGAUAAAUGUAAUGUAAUACAUUGGUGUGUCCUAUAGUCCUGUAGAGUAAGACUAAAAAACAAGGAGGUUCUGUACUCUAGCACUUUCUUUAACGUGUACUGUAUUAGUUCAUCUUCUACAUGUAAAGUACUGUAUGAAUAUUCAUUACUUGCCUUGUAACGUUUGAAUCAAUGCUACGUUUAGAAAUGGUAAACAAGAAAACAAAGUUUUUAGAGUGUAUGCAUGCCAAUGGUCGGGUCCCAGUACAAUAGGAAAACUAUAUGAAAAAAUGGUGCUAUGUUACAUUAUAUAAAGGUGCUUCUAUGGACCCCAGCUGAAUGCAUGCAGAGGAACUAUCAAAGUAGAAAAAAGAGAAACUCGAUGUCCGACAGCUGUUCUCAAAUAGUGCUGCUUCCCAAAGAUGUCGGAAAUUUGGAAAUUCCAACUUACUCUGUUAAAAUGCGACGGCCCGCCACAGGAACCUGACACCAUGUGUGAGCUCCUCCUCCAAACACACUCACUGACGCAGUGAGGGGACGUCGCAUUUUAACCAGGACUAAGUUUCAGUGUCGUGUUCUUCCCUGUUCUUCACCCCUGGAACACAAGGAGGUGGUUCUCACUCAGCUGGGAAUUUCUAACUAAAGACUGCAGAGGGAGAAAUCCUGAUCACAAACAGUCUAACUGUAAAUAUCAUCCUCACUAGCCUCCUCAGCCCAACCAGAACCAGAGCCAGAACCAGGACCGGGCUGAGUCUGUCUGUGGCCCUGAGCCAGAACGACAUGAUCCAACAGUGUGCGAGACUGUAUCAGCAGUCGGUCGUGUCUAUUUACAGUUAUACUGCCUUUGUGACAGAGGUCUAAAAGAUCUAGAGACAAUCUACUGACAUCAUUUUGUACUUACUUCUUCAGAUGUUUAUGUGUUAAUAAUAAGUUCUCAUGUAGCAGAGUUAAAGGACAGCAAACAUCACUACAGGUCAAAGGUCACAGUUGUUUGAGUUCGGAAACUUGUGCUGAUUGUUGCUGGAAAAGAGUCUGGAAAUGAAAAUCUGUGUUUAUUGGUUGUACUGGUCAUCGUUCUCUUUCUGUUUUUCAUUAAAUGUUUUACAGGAUUA